AUGUCUUUUAUUGGUGACUUAUCUCAGCCAGGUGAUCGUAAAUAUGAUAACGACCCCGCCUUUCGCACAUUCAAACGCCAGCUCUAUCAUGCGUCAUGGGCUGCGGUUCUGAGCACGUUGAAGGCAGGCAUGACCACCCCAGUUGUUCGUCGUUGUCCGGAUGGCCACUUCCGUCGUGUUAUUUACGACUUUGGUCCAUUCAUCGCCGACUAUCCUGAGCAAGUUCUUUUGGCGGGCGUUGUCCAGGGCUGGUGUACCAAAUGUACAGCCCCUGUGCAUGAUCUGGAUGGGCCGAUUUCGACAAGCCGAGACCAUAUUAUGACGGAGGAGAUUAUCGACACAUUUGACGGUGAAGCCAAGGUACUCUGGGAAAACUAUGGCAUCAAUACCGAUAUUAUCCCGUUUACUAUGGAUUUCCCUCGUGCCGAUAUCCAUAAAAUGCUAUCGCCAGAUCUUCUUCACCAGUUGAUCAAGGGGACGUUUAAGGACCAUCUCGUCGAGUGGGUGAGCGAAUACCUUUAUCUCGUCCACGAAAAAGCGGAGGCGGAAAGGAUCCUCGAUGAAGUUGACCGUCGGAUUGCAGCGGUUCCAUCAUUCGCUGGUUUUGCGUCGUUUCAAACAAGGUACUUGUCACUGCUUCGAUUGUCUCUAACCAUUUGCCAGGUCUAUCUGCCGGCACUUAAAGACCUUGUCCCUUGUGAGCUCGUGGAAGCGCUUAGUAGCUUCCUUGAUUUUUGUUAUCUUGUAAGACGUCAGGACUUUGACGAAACAACAUUACAGGCUGUCGACACUGCUCUUGCGACUUAUCACGACCGUCGAGAGUUUUUCCGAACAUCAGGAGUUCGCCCCGAUGGGUUUUCACUUCCGCGACAGCACUCAAUGUGUCAUUACGUCCGCGACAUUAAACAGUUUGGUACUCCAUAUGGCGUCUGCUCCUCCAUUACCGAAUCUCGCCACAUUACUGCGGUAAAGAAGCCCUGGCGUCGGUCAAGCCGUUUCGAGGCAUUAGGGCAAAUGCUACUCACGAAUCAACGUCUCGACAAGCUCGCUGCUGCUCGUGCAGACUUUGAAGAGCGAGGAAUGCUGCGACCCCAAUACCCUACCCUCCCCGACAAAAUUAUCUCCGAGGAUGAUGCCGAGGAGGAGGAAGCUAUUGAUAGCCCCGGAACGGUCAUACCCGGCUCGUCCUGGCGAGCUCGGGAAUCAUAUUGGAGUUCCUCAAUUUACAUCGCUUCUCCAAGCCUAUCUCCGCCCCCCUUCUCCGCCCCCAGCUCUGAUGAAGACGAUGAAAUAAUUCCCGACGAUAUCGACCUGGACGACAUUCGGAAUCUUGCUGUUUUCCACUCGGCAAUUGCGAGUUUCUACUCGCCAAGUGACCCCUCUGGCAUUCGCGGAAUGAAACGAGAGCGGAUUCGAUGUACUCCGUCAUGGCGCAAGCAUGGCCCUCGACGUGACUGCGCGCUCCUGGUGGAGAACGAGGACAUUGCUGGGUUCAAAGGAAUGAGCGCUGUUCGUGUGCGGCUCCUCUUCUCCUUCACCUAUCAGGGCACUCACCAUCCCUGUGCCCUCGUUGAAUGGUUCAAGAAAGUUGCACGCCGCCCGGACCGCCAGACGGGCAUGUGGAUUGUGAAGCCAGAGAUGAGGAAUGGGUCGCGUCUACUGACCAUCGAGCAUCUAGACAGCAUGCUUCGUGCCGCACAUCUAAUUCCUGUCUUUGGACAGCGUGAAAUUCCUCGCGACUUACGCUACAUACACUCUCUUGACGCUUUCGAAGCUUUUCAUGUAAAUAAGUAUAUAGACGCACAUGCGAAUGAAAUACUAUUUUAG